AUGCAUUAUUGACAUAGAAUUAUAUAUAAAGACAUCAUGUCUCUUGUAAGGAAAUUAGUUGAGCAACUCAAAAGCAAAGAAUUUCGUGAAUAUUUAAUGAGCACACAUUUCUGGGGUCCUGUUGCAAACUGGGGUAUACCAUUAGCUGCUAUUGCUGAUACAAGAAAAGAUCCUAGAUUUAUAAGUGGGAAAAUGACAUUUGCAUUAACCCUGUACUCGUUGAUGUUCAUGCGUUUCGCGUGGAAGGUCCAGCCCCGCAAUCUUCUCUUAUUUGCUUGUCACUUUACAAAUGAAUGUGCUCAGCUGACACAGGGUGCUAGGUUUAUCAACUAUCACUAUAUUCAGGGUCCCACCGAAGUUAAAGAAAAGUGA